AUGACAUUUAUAGACGUCAUUUUGUAUGUUAUUCCAAAAUAUUGUAUUUUUGUAAGUUUUUCUGUAUCAGUAUUUUGGAUAAGCGGGAGCCAAUACAUUCUAUCUUAUUAUCGGCACAUUGGUAACCAAUUGAAAAAAAUAAUGAGUGAAAAAUCGAGUAAUCCUUACGACAUGGAUAGUGCCAGUUUUGAUCCAGAUCGCUAUCUCCAGAAACUGUUAAAGGAAUGUUCCCUUAAACAAAUUAUGGAUACGGAAGCGGCAAUUGUGCGUCAAACGCAGACCCUACACAGCGACAUGCAAACGCUGGUGUAUGAAAAUUAUAAUAAAUUUAUCUCGGCCACAGACACUAUCCGUAAGAUGAAGACCGAUUUCAAGAGCAUGGAGACCGAGAUGAACCUGCUAGUUUCCAAUAUGUCUUCGAUCACGGAAUGCAGUGAAAAAAUUACCGAUACUCUACAGGAAACGAGAAGUCAGCUCACACGGCUCUCCGGGAAGCACCAACUGUUGAAAAAACUACAAUUUUUGUCAUCACUUCCGGCCAAGCUCAAGACACUUAUCGAAGAGGGAAAUUAUCAGCAGGCGGUACAAGAAUAUGCCCACGCGCAGAAAGUUCUACAGCAAUACGGUAAUCAACCGUCCUUUCAAGGCAUUCAGGAAGAUUGUGUUAAAAUUCUGGAAGAUCUGAAGAAGCGGCUUAAGACAGAAUUCCAACAAACUGGCAAAAGCGCCCAAUCGUUAACACAAAUUGGAGAGCUUUUGCUGCAGUUAGAGGAAAAACCAUCCGAUCUGGCAAAGGGGAUGCUUGAAUGUGCGACAAAGCGAUUACACGAACAAAUCGUUAUGCUGCAGGAUCAAACCGAUCGGGACAUGAUCGAGUUUAUUGAUCUGGGAAUCGAAGGAUUUCUGAACGACUUGACGCUAGUGAUUAGUUCGUACAACGAUAUGUUUUUAUCGAGGCAUAUUGAACAGGAAGCAGACGACUUUGAUGAUGUUGCUCGAAGAGAUUUGAAUGAUUUUGUGAACAAAAAUAUCCAUGAGUAUCUGGCACUUGUGCAGGAUCGUGCAGAAGUAGAAAUAGGCCAUGGAGAUUCGCAGAUUAUUUUAAGAGGCUUGGAUCGUCUUCAUCGACGUUUAACGGCCAUGAAAUCGCUCUGUCGAGCGGUUGAUAUGGCUAAAUCUGCGAUCGACAUCAUAACAAAUGCUGCGUAUCAACUUUGUCAAUCGCAUAAGAAAUCAUUGAAGGAUCACUUCUCUGAUAAUCUCAGUUCGAUUCGUUUGGCUUUGGUUUCAGUAAAGUCUGAAACUUCUUCGUCUACAAAUACGUCCCAAUCUGGGUUGAAAGAGCUAAUCUCGAAUCUGUACAUCUCUACGAUAGAGAAAGUGAAAGGAUUGCUACAGGAUCUGUUGAUAUUUUUACAGCCGGAAUGGUCCUUCAAUUUGAAAACGGAUCUUAAAGGAGCGGCAUGCAUCGAAAGUAUUCGGGAAAGUUUGCUGGUUGGCUUCUUGCGGCACAUUUCAACUACCAUGGUUGGAUUUGGUAACAUCAAUUCUUCCAGUCCACCGACCUUGUUGCUGAUUUUGUCCAAAAUGUGCUUAGAGAUGGACAAACAUGGAGUGCACGUUCUGAUAUCGCUGGCGGAUGAAUUGUAUGAUAUCGAUUCGGAAAAUAGCACUACCCUGGUGCACGAAACCGAGCUCUGCUCGGAGAUGCGUGAUUCAGCGCAGCAACUACUGGAUUCCUAUGUGAGACUGCAAGGUUUGAAUCUUUCACAAAUGCUUCGUAAAAGUGUCGAAACUCGCGAUUGGCUCAACUGUCUGGAACCUCGCUCGGUCCGUGCCGUCAUGAAGCGGGUAGUCGAGGAAUUAUCCUUAAUUGAUACAGUCCUAGGUGAACUGUACGACAGCAAUGACAUGCGGACAGCAGCUAGUAGUGAUUCGAGUCGGAAAACCCACUUCAGUCUGACUGCCUCCAAACAACCCCAGUACCGAUCGACGUGGUCAACCUACACACCAUCGCAGAUGGACAGCACGUUCGUAUCCAACAUUCAUCGGCUGUUUUCGGAGAAAAUUGAAAUCUUCAGCUCGGUUGAAUUUUCCAAGGUAUCGAUCAUUACUGGGAUUAUCAAAAUUUGUCUGAAGACAUUGUUGGAGUGUGUCCGGUUGAGAACGUUCAGCAAGUACGGGUUGCAACAAAUUCAAGUAGAUGCUCACUUUCUACAGAUGAAUCUCUGGCGGUUCGUGUCAGAUGAAAAUCUGAUCCACGUGCUGUUGGAUGAAAUUCUUGGUUCAGCUGUACUGAGGUGUUUGGAGCCGAUAUUAAUGGAACCUAAUGCUGUGGAAAUUAUCUGCGAACGCAAUUAGAAAUGGGUUUAUCUCAUGUAUUGUAGUGCUUACGUCAUUUCUAGAUCGUUGUGUAUAUGAUUGUGCAGUUUACCAUAUGUGGCAAUUUUUGCAUUAUAUCAUUCAUACAUUUUAAACCUAA